AUGAACAUAGUCGGCAUCGUGAACGACGAUGGCUUCGUGAUAACCGAUGAAUUGAUAAAACGAACUAAAAAUUUGGACAAUGAUGUUUCUGAGAAUCGUGCGUGUCAAAUGAAUGAAGGAGACCGCACCCUGAACUGGCGAUGUCGAAUGGUGCGGAUCGAGACCAAGUACUACAACAAGGUGUGCGAGUUCCUGACUUUUGCAGAGACACACGACUUUGUGGAUUGGGGCUACUAUACUCAAUUCACACCACUAUGUGUGAUUUGUGUUGUUAAUGUGGAUAAGCCGACCGAUGUUAAGAAUUUUCAUGAACUGGAAGAGGUUUUCAAGCACAUGGAUAUGAUUAAUAGGGUAAAAUGAUUCUUUUUAAUGAAAAUAUGGUUUAUAGUAGGAAUUUAUGCGUGGAUAAGGUAAAUGCUUUAAAAAGUGGGGUUUAGGGUAAUUUUUCAUCUUUUGGGUCAAAAAAGAAAUGGCAGUGCAACUUUUUUUUGAACAGAGAGAGCUUUUUCAAUUUUUAAAAUUUUUGAAAGUUAAAAAGAAGUUUCUGUGUGUAUUCAGUAACGUUGUAAGUGUAAAACCCUUGUAAUCAUAGAAAAAGUUUUAUCUUUCUAGAUUUUGGCCGUUCGAGGACAUUACAAGCCAGAUAAACAUAAGAAUAUCGAAUCGUUCUGUGCUGAACGCGGGAUUGGCUUCGUCUUGGUGGAUCCAAAUGAGGUGAGUUUUGAUUUUUAUUAAGAAUAUUUGGAGAAUAGUACUUGUCUUUUCUUUCCUAGCGUCAUCCUACCCAACCGUGUCCCCGAGGAGGUACGGUAGGCCAUCAGCUCAUUAAGUUUUUAACAAAAAGUUUUUUUUUAAUUUUAGGAAUCCCUAGCAGAAGCCGAGGAAUUUUCUGAAAAAUCGUCUUAUGAUCGUGUCUUCGAAUUGCUAGAACUAACAGAAUGGGGCGAAAGUGUGCCAGAUGGCCAUCUCAAACAACACCUCAAGUUUAAGAACUCCGCUCUGUACCCACGCUUCGAGAACGUUCAUGGUAAGACGCCGUGACUAAUGUAUAUUCAUUAAGAAUAAGUUAUUGUCCUAACAAGUUUGUCUAGUUUUGUUUCAAUUCUUUAUCAUCGUUAAUAUGACACGUGUGAACAUCAUUUAUCUCAUUUUGUUUCAACUGUCAUUUCGUAAACAUGGUUAACAUGUUUUUCAUUUUCUAAGGUUUGUACUGCUUUUUGGAUCAAAUAAAUGAGCAUUUUUGAACACAUGUAAAUUAUUGAAAAUCAAAUUUUAGAUUUGAGUUUUGAAAAAAAUGAAAAACUUUUUAAUAUUGUUACCUAAAUUUAUAAAAAUAAGUUUUUUCUUAAAAAAUGAAAAAGCGCUUUAUAAAAUUUAAAAAACUUAACGUUCCAUCUCAAGUUUAAUAAACCAACACUUCCAGUUACAGAAAUGAUGCGCCUCUUCGGCCGAACAGAAGUGAAAAUCUCAUCGCUUCAGCUGGAAGAGGAAUUCGAACCAAUGCAAGCCCAUGCCCAACAACGACUCCAAAAGAUCUACCAUGUAGCGAUGGAAGUGAAGCGACGACGAGCGGCCGUAAACCCCCAACUCAUCAACGAAAAGAUCCGUAUGAUUGAACAACAGAGACUGAAUGCUGAAGCCGCGAAUCCGCCCCAACCCAAAGUCGAGAAUCCGAAGCAGAAGCCACGCAAGAAGUCGUUGAAAGAACAGUUGAAGGAUCCAGAAGUAAAGCGAAAGGUGGAAGCAGCCAAUAAGAAGUGCAGCGAAAAGCUGAAACAGAUCGAAGCCGAACGUGUUCAGAACCGGGGUUUGAACUAUCAGGAAGAAUGUUCUCCCUACUGUAAAUGCGACAAGUUACACGAGAAUAAGAAGGGCAAAAAGGUGGAGACGCAGGGUCAGGAGGGCCAUGCAAAUUCGAUCAAAAGUAGUGGAGUACAUGAGGAUAAAGCGUCUGAAGAUGAAUAUAAUGGCACAUGGAAGGCAGAGAGUUCACGUUGUGGCACGAUGAAGAAAAAUGAAGUUUGUGGUACGGUGAAGACUGAGGAUACGUCUUGUAGCACGGUGAAGUCGGGUAAAGCAUUCGGCACAGAAGAGCCAAAAACAUCUUUUUGUACCAAAGAAGCUUCAAAAGAUUCAUGUUGUAGAACAGAAAAGUCAGAAACAUUAUUUUCCAUAUCAAAAACCGAACCAUCAGGUAAUGAAUCACCUUCAACAAAGCCAGCUCAAGCCGAAUUCAAACGAAACUCAAAUAAUAUCAAGAAUAACGAGAAGCCAGACCAACAUGUUAUCAUACCAAUGGACGAAAUCGAGCAGAAUUUGAUUUUCGACCAAAACUUGCAGAUUCACCAGAAGUCAGAAUUUGAUAUAAAGUUUAAAUUUGACCAGGGUUCACAACCAAAUGACAUUACAGGCAACUUGAACACCGACGAAGCCACCGACAGCUCAGAACCUCACCACAGCGAAUACUCAUGCGAGGAGUCGAUUAGGCCCUGUUCAACCUCAUCAUCCCUCACCAAACUGCCUGGCUACAAAAACGUCAUCAAUUCGAGCCGGAUUGCAUCAGAAGAAAGUAUGAAAGUUCCACUGUUAGCCUACGAUACGUUUUCAAAUAUUCAAGCACUGGCUUCAGAACAUGAUUAUAGACCAAGCGGAAUUAAGUCGGAUGAAGAGGAAGGUGAAGAAGUGGAAGGUCAAGAAAACGAAGCUGAUGUUAACGGAGAAAAAGCUCAAGAUCCUCAAGUUAGCAAGAAAACGGAACAAAACAGAAAGAAGAAGAUGAAGAAAAGAGCAAAGAAACAGAAUAACGAGGAGAAUCAGUUCGAACAGGUAUUCGACACGCUACAAAAGGAGAAUCCAGGAGAAUUAAAGGGCAAAACGAUGGAAGAUUGCCUGGAAGAGGUAAGGAUUUUGAUGGUCUAACUAAGGGAAGACAUUCUGAAGAAUGAUAUCUUAAAAGGGGCAUUUUGUAAUAGCAAAAUGGCCAAAGAUCCUGUUCUUCAACAUAAAGUUAAACCUUUAAAUCUCAUUGUUUUCAGUGGAAGAACGUAGCAAACCUGCCGAUUCAGGAGAAAGUCGUCGUCGCCGCCAAUCUAGUCAACAAUUGUAUGGAAUCGACCAAAGAAACCAAGAAAAACAAGUGA